AGCCUCCAGAGCUGCUGCUCUACACACCGGAGAAGUCCAGGAAGAGUCUGCCGCUGCUGCUGGACGGAAACCUACCGUACCGACGCUCCAGGAGACAGUCAGCUCCGGCUAAAGACAUCGAAGCAGCGUUUCAUCCCAACGCUCUGAAGGCGGGGGGGAGCGAGGGCGAGCUGAGCCCAGCAGACGGCCUGGGCCCGGCAGACGGUCUGGGCCCGGCAGACGGUCUGGGACCGGCAGACGGUCUGGGCUCGGGGGGCAGCAGCAGCACGCUGGCGUCCUCCGUCAUCGAGGUGGAGGCCGAGAGGACCGAGCCCAGCGGGACGCCACAGCUGCACCCGAACCGACAGGAAGAGGAGGAGGAGGAGGAGGAUGAAGAGGCGUUGACCCCCCUCUGCCCUCUUCCCACGCUGUCCAUCACCGAGGAGAUCCUGGAGUUCAUCAACCAGACCAGAGCCAGGGAGGGGCUCACCGCCGGCCCCCCCGGCACCACGGAGCAGGCCCUGGAUGAGCCUACAGAGGGUCAGCCUCCAUCUAACCAGACCAACUUCACCUGCCCACUGCCGCCAGUCACCUGUCCCUCCAGUCCACAAGAAACACCCACAAUGCAUCAGGAGCAGGAAAGAGCAGAGUCUGAGAAGGACCAGACCGGAGCCCCUGGGGGGGAAAACAACCUUGAAAAUGAAGUCCAAGAACUUCCAGAUGCAACAGGUGAAGUGGAGGAAGAUGGAGGAUCACAAGAGGAAGUGGUGGAAAAAGAGAAAGAAGAGGUGAAAACAGGGGAUGAAGGAGGAGGAGAGAGCAUCAUCCCUGGAGCAGCAUCAGAUCUCCGUCCCUCAACCUCAGCAGAGGAAGACACAGAGAACAGCAGCGGUUGUCUUUCACAAAGGGAAGAGGGGAACCCCGAGGCCACCGCUUCCUCCUCCCCACAUCCAGAUCUCCCUCAGCCCCCCGUCCCGAGGUGCCAGCCCCCCCCCACGAGAAGCUCCCACCUCACCAAGCGCGACAAGAAGAUCAUCGAAAAGAUCCGGAGUUACUACGAGGCGGCAGCCGAGACCGAAGACACCGAGGCAGAGGAAGAGGAGCAGGGAGAACGAGUGGCACCAAGAAGGAGAAACAGUUUCUCACAGAUCCCAUCUGGCUUGGUGAAGGACUCGGUUUCCCGCUAUGGGGGACCAGAGAGUGGACCAUCCAAUUAUGAGACAACUGAAGCUUUUGAUCAGGAGACUGAUGGAGAACCAGAGCCCUGUUCCCCCCUGGUCCGGUCUCGGCCCCUACUCUCUCAGCAGAUGCAGGGAAUGAUGGACAGGCAGAUGCACCAAUCAGCUCCUUGGAUUUUGAUGUAGAGGAUCCAACCUCAGGAACCUCUAGCGUGAUGCAGGACAAAGAGACCCCAAACAAAGUGGGCCUG